UAAAUAUAUAUUGGUGAUUAUUUAUUAGAUUAGAAAAUUAGAAAUAACAAAUUUUUCCAGUAAAAAACAUAAUAAUUUUUAUAGCAUAUAUUAAUGCAUGUUGUGAAUCCCGGUCCGGUAUAAUAUUUACAUUUUGAAAUAAUUUGAAAUUAUUUGUUUAGUGUGUUAAACCUUAUCGUUUAUAUUAGUACAUACGUACUUGUAUAUAAAUUUAUUUUUACAUUUAAUCAAACCGGUACAACGUAAGAACUCUUUUAUUAGCUAUUUAAAUGCCAAGGUCAACAACGUCACUUGUGCCAAAUUGCCACACGCCAUACAGUGAAAAAAUAAUCCCAGCAUAACAACUAAGGAUCUCCCUCAUAUCAUAAAUAUUUUUUAAAAUUUUUUAAUACAACAAAGGAGGCCGCGAAUGUUAUAAUUUUUUUUUUAAUCGUCUUAUUUUGACGCGAGGAUGACAAAUCCGCUAGCAAGAUCAAUAAUUCUAUUUUUUUAUUAUUUCAACAAAUGAAUUUCAAUAUUGAAAAAUAAACACACUUUGCACAUGUUCUUUCUCGUCGAACUCCUUUCUGCACUACAAAUGAAUUAUGAACACCCCGGUGUUGGAUCGACCAGGGUUUUUUUUUGAAGUGCGGCCGAAGGACGCCAUUGUAUUACGGAUACAUGGCGUGCUUAAAGAGUGGAUCGGCAAAAUCGAUCAGCUUGAAGGCGGUAUGGAUACAUUCUCACAGGGUUACAAACAUUACGGGUUACACGUCCAACCCGACAACUCUGUGAUCGCACGCGAAUGGGCGCCUGGUGCACAGCAAGUUUAUCUCACUGGUGAUUUCAACAACUGGCAAUGGGAGGCGAAUCCCUUUAAGAAGCUCGAUUUCGGCAAAUGGGAAUUACAUUUGCCUGCCAAUAGCGAUGGCAGCGCGCCCAUUAAACAUCUCAGCGAGGUUAAGGUGAUCAUACGCAAUCAAGCGGGCCAACUGUUGGAUCGUCUCUCACCGUGGGCCACAUAUGUGCGCCAACCACCCAAGGAGGCCAAUCAGGGUGUUAACUAUAAGCAGUACGUGUGGAAUCCACCACCAACUGAACGCUACCUCUGCAAGCACCCACGACCGAAGCGUCCCAAAUCGUUGCGCAUAUAUGAAUGCCAUGUGGGUAUUGCCUCGCAGGAGCCGCGUGUUGGUUCAUAUCAGAAUUUUGCCGAUAAUAUAAUACCGCGCAUUAAGCGCCAAGGUUACAAUGCCAUACAGGUUAUGGCGAUCAUGGAACACGCUUAUUAUGCCAGUUUUGGCUAUCAGGUGACCAGUUUCUUUGCCGCCUCCAGUCGUUAUGGCACUCCCGAGGAGUUGAAACGCAUGAUCGAUGUAGCGCAUGAACAUGGCUUGUACGUGCUAUUGGAUGUAGUGCAUUCGCAUGCGAGUAAGAAUGUGCAGGAUGGUUUGAAUCAAUUUGACGGCACCAAUUCAUGUUAUUUCCAUGAUGGAGCUCGUGGUGAACAUUCGCUAUGGGAUAGUCGGCUCUUCAACUAUGUGGAGUAUGAGGUGUUGCGCUUUUUGCUUUCCAAUUUGCGUUGGUGGCACGAUGAGUAUUAUUUCGAUGGCUAUCGAUUUGAUGGCGUCACUUCCAUGUUGUAUCAUUCACGCGGCAUUGGUGAAGGUUUCAGCGGUGAUUACAACGAAUAUUUUGGUCUCAAUGUUGAUACAGACGCAUUGAACUAUCUCGGUUUAGCCAAUUACAUGCUGCAUACACAAAAUCCAGAGGUCAUCACCAUCGCAGAGGAUGUAUCAGGCAUGCCCACACUCUGCCGUCCAGUCGACGAAGGCGGUAUCGGUUUCGAUUAUCGUCUUGCCAUGGCCAUACCAGACAAAUGGAUUAAGCUACUCAAAGAGUACACAGACGACACCUGGAAUAUUGGCGACAUCGUGCACACAUUGACAAAUCGUCGCUGGAAGGAGAAUACUGUCGCUUAUGCGGAAUCUCAUGACCAAGCCUUGGUCGGUGAUAAAACGAUCGCCUUUUGGUUAAUGGAUAAAGAAAUGUACACACACAUGUCUACAAUCUCCGAGCCGUCGUUGAUUAUCGAUCGCGGCAUUGCGCUGCACAAAAUGAUACGUUUGAUCACACAUGCACUUGGAGGUGAAGCAUACCUCAAUUUUAUGGGCAACGAAUUCGGGCAUCCUGAAUGGUUGGAUUUCCCACGUGUGGGCAAUAACGACUCCUAUCAUUAUGCGCGUCGUCAGUGGAAUUUAGUUGAUGACGCAAUGCUGAAGUACAAAUUUUUGAACGAAUUUGAUCGUGCGAUGAAUGAGCUGGAAGAGCGCCACGGCUGGCUACAUUCGGAUCCGGCAUAUGUCAGCUGGAAGCAUGAAGGCGAUAAAGUGAUUGCUUUUGAACGCGCCGGCUUAGUAUUUGUUUUCAACUUCCACCCCACACAAAGUUUUACUGGUUAUCGUGUAGGCACAAAUUGGGCAGGCACUUAUCAGGCGGUGUUGAGUUCGGAUGAUGAACUUUUUGGCGGUCAAAAUCGUAUUGAUAAGAAUUGCAAGCAUUUAACACGACCUGAGGGUUAUGCAGAACGGCAGAAUUUCUUUGAGGUUUAUACACCUUCACGUACAGCUGUGGUUUAUGCGCAUGUAAGUGACUAGAUGACAACGGUAAAAAGCCCAUUGAUAAGUUGAAGCGCUGCACUCAUAUUAGUAGUUAUAAAAAUUUAUAAUUUGUUUUAGAAAAAAA